CACUGAUGUAAAGAACCAUACAAAGGGUGGAAGAAGUUUUGUAAUGCCAGGGCCAACACAAUAUCAUUGAAACAAAGGAUUUCAAUCAAUAUAAAGUGUAAAGCGAGGAAAUGAGCAAGAGCAUCAGAACUGCAUCGCUCUAAAGGAACAGGCAAAAAAAAGACUGAAAGAUGCUCUACUACGUUGCAUUUUUACUUUUGGCUGCUGCCAUUAUCCACAAUAGUGAAGGUGGAAAAAUAGCAAAAUGGCAGGGCAAAAUCAUUGGUGUUGGUAUGAACAACCAUCUUUAUAUGAGACAGAGCACUUCUAGGCAUCACCGAUGGAUUCCACUUCCUCAUGGCUGCUGCGUUACUCAAAUUCAUGUUUUGAGUAAUGGCCACAUUCUUGGCGUUGGAACGAACAGACAUCUUUACAUAAAAAGAAAUCUUUACGGAGGGUGGGCACAUGUUCCAAAUUCAUGCUGCGUGAAAGAUGUAACAACAUUUAGGUCAGAAAGCUGCGAGAGAAGAAGCAUUGUUGGUGUUGGUAUGGGUGGCAAACUCUACUCAAAGAGUACUCUCAACAGCCGUUGGGUUGGUCCAUAUGCCCAUUCCGGUGUUGUCAAGGCAGUGGCGGGCGUGACUGGUAGGAUCUACGGUGUUGGUAUGGACAACUUUAUAUACCGAAGAGAGGAUCUCAAUGGCCGAUGGAGCCGAAUUCCUGGUUCUUGCUGUGUCAAAGACAUCUCUGUCCAAGAUGAUUUUUUCAAGCAUUUCACUUACGGUAUUGGUAUGAACAACCAAAUGUACUCAACCUCGCUUGCUAAUACCCGCAGAGUCAGGUGGACUUACCAGGGUAGACAUACAUGUUGUAUAAAAUCCGUACAAACCAUGCCUGUUGCAGUCAAAAUUGUGGGAAUUGGUACCAAUAAACAGCUUUACUCCAAGUCAGCCAUCAAUGCACCAUGGUCCCAUGUUCCUGGAAGCAGUAAUUUAAUCGGCAUCGCCCCUCUGAUAAACAAACAAAUUGUUGGCAUUCGAACAAAUCACAGGAUGUACACCAAACCAUCAAUAGGGGGUAGUAGCCCAUGGAGAGAGGUUCCACAUUCCUGUUGCGUAAAAUCGGCUGUGCAGUUGAGCAGCGGACGCGUGAUUGGAGUAGGAUUGGGCAAUCAACUUUGGCAUAGAGCUGGGAUUAAUGGCAGAUGGAUUCAUAUUCCCCAUUCUGGCGCAGUUACAAGAAUAACUAAAACAGGGAAUGACGCAAUUAUUGGCAUCGGGAUGGACCGAAAGUUGUAUAUAAGGAGUCGUUACUACUCCAGAUGGAGCGGACCGUUGAGGAACAGUGGCCAAGUCAUUGACAUAAGUAUGGGGUCUGAUGGGUACCUCUAUGGAAUUGGCACAGACUACAGAGUUUACAUGAAGACCAGCAGAUCACUCAGUUCAACAUGGCGUCCUCUUCCUGUUCACAACUGUUGCGUCAUCGGCCUUGCUGUUAACUAAGCUAUGACUUAAUUACCUUAUUUUUUAAUCAUUUGGCAGAUCAUCGUCAAAGUCUUGGUGACGAUGCAACUAGUUGUUAACAAUAUCUGUUAGUUUUUUAAUUCUACUUUUCGCACACUUUUUUAAAUCUAUACACUUGAAGAAUACAAAAAUGGUUUUAUUAUAGUAGUCUUCUAUUCUAAAGAAGAUAUAUAUUCUGAAUUUGACCGUAUACGUCAGAAAAUGUCCCGAAGAUUUGGUGCUAUUGCAAAUGUAACCUGAGUGUUUGAUGGUAUUGCCAAUGUAGCCUGAGUGUUUUGAUGGUAUUGCGAAUGCAUCCUGAGUGUUGUAGUAGGCUUCCUAAAAUGCCAAAGUUUGCCAAAAGUAUUUUAACUGAUUGUCUAUUCCAAAUAUCAGAGUCAAGAGUGAAGAAUUUUGAUGCACAAGCAGUGCAGCAGAAACAAAUAAAACUAUGGUUUCGAUUAUUUAAGCAAUAAAGCAAUGCAGACGUUGCGAAAAGGAUUACACUAUUUUCAUAAGAACCUUUUUUCAGAGCUUACUGUAGCUUCGAGAGAUACUUAAUUGUUCAAUGACUUGAUAUUCUUUCUUUAUGUGCCACGAAUCAAUUUAAUGAAAUCGUAAACUGUCUUUUUAAGAGUCCUAAGAAUCACAACAAAUGAUAAAUCUGGCCAGACCAGGUCUUUGGAUUUUCCCAUCUCUUCUUUACAGAUGGUCAUUUGAAUACCUUCAAACAGAUUUUAAGCUGACGAGAAUUGUCUUCCGUCUUCUGGUACGCGGAUGUGGUUUACGUAAGAUAAGGAACAAGUUUCCUGAGACGAUUGUAACUUUUCUCUUCACGAUAGUAUGUGCCAGCGAAGCCUAAAUCAAAAAAUGGGAUGCUGUAUGGACUUUGUAAAAUUUUUAGGUAUUAGUUUAAGAAUUUUCCGCAAAAAAAUUUGUGUAAACAUGUUAUCAUUAAAUUCAAAAUGAUUGAACGUGAGAUUUAGCCCUAAAAGCCUAACGUUUGCAGGAUCUUGAGUAUAACCUAUUCGUUGAUAAUUUUUUCUCCCAUUUUGCAAAAAGUCGCAUAUAAAGCAAACAAGUUGGUGUAAGAUCGAUCUAUUCUGGGUCCGUGCUGGUGUAAACCAAGGUACACAUCAGUUUCUGACUUUACCUGUACCCUUCAAAACCGUUCCAGAAAUAAAAAUCAAAUGAAAUAAAAUGAAAAAAAUGGAAUGAAAUGAAAUUUUUCUAAAGUGACAGACCUCUUGACCGUCUUCAUUGUCAUGUUGCAACAGGAAUAGAUUUAUCAAUUCUUAUCAAGCUACAACUACAACUUGAAUAGAUUCUUAUGACGUCAAACUUCUAAACUCUACAUUUUCGAAAUGGAUCCGAAAGGAACCUUUUUCGAAAUGCAUCCUCUUUUGCUUCCUAUUUGCCGAAGAAGGAUGCUUUCCCGAUGACCUUUUCUAUCAAAAAACGUAGAAAGAAUACCUUCCGUUUUAAACUCUUUAAAAGCCUGUAAGCUGCCAUUGACUUACUAGCCUGACUUCUCUCUCAAAUCACAGAGACAUCUACAUUGCUGCUUGAAACAGUAGACAGGUUUUGUCAGUAACUGUUAUUGAUUUGUUGUGUCAUCGUACAAUCAGGAAUGAAGUGGACUAUUGUUCUCGGAUUUCUGUUGAUUUCAAUGAUCAUGUUCCAGUCUACGUCAGAAGUUGAUGCCAGCCCAGCCUUCUGGGGAGGGCGACGACGCAGGCGCACUAGUAUCUCAAUCUCAUUUGGGACAAGAAGACGAUCGGGAACUCGACGCUGUAUCCCUGGAUGCGUUUGUUAUCAGCAGCCAGGGUGUCCUUGCUGCUAAUAUUAGCUGUGCUGCAGAAGAGGACCAAAAUGGACUCGUAGCAACGAGGACAAUGUCUUUCUAUAAUGUUUUAGUCCAGUAGAAACAUGGCUCUAUAAAAUAUUGAUGUUAUGUUGAGUUUCAUUACUUUAGCCUAGAUCUUGGUAUAUUUUUUCUGCCUUUCUAAAUGGUGUUAUGAUGUUACUAAAAAGUGUUA